CUCUUGUAUUCGAAGAUUCCUGAACUUCUUUGUAACGCAUAUUGAGAACUUUUCUUUUAUUUUUUCCCGUUUCUUUCUUUGUUGUUAUGAACCUAUCUGCUACUUAUAGGAUUCCAGAUGCGUUUAUCAUAUCUAAAGCAAGUUUUCUUUUGUGGAUAUUUAUUGCGUUGUCCUUGUAAGUAUUUUUCCAAGUCUCAUUUAGCCCUUUCCAACAUGGGUGGGUGAACCUAAUAUCCUAUCUGCUAAUAAGUUGUGCUACCACUGUUUUCCUUUCUGAAGCUCUGUAGUUUGUGACACACACAAGUGUAAAUCCAUCUAGUACACUCGAAAGGACCUGGGACAGAUGCUGAGCAAGUUCUUCAAAGGGAAGACGCGUAGUCAACAGAGGUGUGAUAUGUGCCUUUUUGAGGCUUCUUCGUGUUCGUGAUAUGUUUGACCACGAAGUUGUGGCUAGGUCGCUAUGGAUCUUGCAGGUCGUGCCUCAUGUGACCUUCCCCCAACCAUGGAUCUCCAAAUUGUCUGUAGAGCUUCUCAGGGACUUCAAACAAAAUACAGUUACCGAUUGAAAUUCUCAAGAUAUCUUCAUUGAGAUUAUGAUUGCAACAGAAGUAUAUUAGAUGAGUGUCAAGAUCAAUGCUUCGAGAUUGCUGUAGAUGGCAGCUAUGCACUUCUGGUUCUGUCCCUGUGCCAUGCAACGAUCAAAUCUGCCUGAAAUCAAAGUUUCUACACAAAACGACUGAAACUGCAGCUCAUGUUUCUACACAAAACUUUUCUGCAUUUGCUGCAGUGGGAUUGUGCAGAGUAUCAUUUUGCUUACUCUUCAACAGCAGUUUGUUUGAUGACAUCUGGAUGCGUGCUAUUGGGAUAUUUGUGUAAUCAUUCGCACUCAUUUUGAACGUAGACACUGAUGUGCGGAUGUCAUUAUUGGUAAAUGCCAUGUGUAGAUUUCAUGGUUUUCUUAAGGUUUAUCCGUAAGUGAAGUAACAGUAACUAUCAGACUCUACACAAGUAGCAUUGGGCAUAUGAUCGCAUCAGCGAGAAACAAUAGCAUCGUCACCUUCAAACCCUAACUAGCUGCGACCUGCCGUUAUUAUAAUCUGAACAAUCUUGAUUGUUUUCUUGAUAUUUCUUGAUCAUUUUCUUGAUCAUCUCCCUGGGUUUGUGGAAAAGGAAAAGAGUUAGCAGAUCCACAUCCAAUGUCACUGAUAAUGACCCCUCUUUCCCCUAACAAUUAGUGUCUAUUUUGCUAGAGAUGGAACUCUGAUCCAAUCAAUUCAUUACUUCCUCUUACAAUAACCUUCCUCCGGAAUCAUUUUUCGCCUUCGGUGUUCUUUACAGGAAAAUCGUUGAGGUUGCUGUUCCAGUGCGACCAGGUGGGAUUGUGUAUAGAGAGUUGUGUUGAGGUGGUUGUGAUUAUAAAGGAAUUACAUGGGUCCCAACCGAAAGUUGCGGCAAUCAUUCGUGUGGGAGGAUGAGAUGGUGGAGGUGCGGGAAUUAUUUAAGCGUGUUGAUCGUGUGCGACAAAGUGGGUUCACGGGAAUUAGUACUUGGAAGAGUCGUAUUCCAUCUGCAGGCACAUUGAGCCAGAAUAGAUUGCAACGGCGUCGUGCCCUUUGCUCUGUAGAACUUUCGCACUUGAACUACCAGGAAGCUCCAUUUGAAUCGUUGAAUCACUUGCAAAACAUUCGUGGAAUGUGUGCUCGCAUCAAGCGUCAGGAUUAUACUGUAGAGAGAAAGAAGAAGGACGUGGACUUAACAAGUCGACCAUCAAUUUUAAGACGCCCGGUUUCAUCAAUGAGUGUGAAAAACCGAGGGAAAAAACAACUUCAAUUAGAGGUUGGCAGGCCUAGCACAAGUUCCAGUCCAAUGAGAAACAUAAACAACACGGGUCAGAAGCGUGGUGUUGGACAUGCGUCUUUACAAUAUUACUCUUCAAGGCGUACCACCUUGAAUAAUGUUUCCUACAAAAUGCGUUCAACCUCAAGCAACGCCACUGGCAAGUGCUUUACUAAGUUUCUCUCUGCAGCCCCAACUAUCCUCCUAACCUUGCCCCAUUUCAUAUGA